AUGGUGGCCAUAAAUGUGCCGACACCAAUUCAAUCAGCAUGCAUUCCGGCGAUUUUAGAAGGACGCGACGUGAUCGGAGGUGCGGAGACGGGUUCUGGUAAGACGCUUGCAUUUGCUUUGCCAAUUCUACACAAUCUAUUCAAAGACACGGUCGGUGGAUAUGCAGUAAUAUUAACACCCACUCGCGAGUUGGGUGUGCAGUUACACGAGCAAUUUCUUGCGGUUGGUCAAGGGAGUCGCAUGGGGCUGAAGUGUGCGCUUGUUUUGGGUGGUAUGGACAUGACUAGACAAGCGAAUGAGUUAGGAGAGCAACGGCCACAUAUUAUUGUGGCAACGCCUGGUCGCCUUGUGGACCUGCUAUCUUCAGGAGCGGCUCAGGAGUGGGGUCUUGAGCGAUGUAAAUUUGUCGUGCUUGAUGAAGCUGAUCGGCUCCUUUCACCUACGUUUGCACCUGCACUUGCAUACCUGUUUUCGAUCCUGCCUCCUGCACACAUGCGCCAGACACUGCUAUUCACUGCCACGCUAACGCCAGAAAUUGAACGCCUUACAGAAAAGACGCCAGAGCCAGGAAAACUACCGCCUCUGCUUCGAAAGAUUGACAUGGACACGUCCACUCCAGACUCCCUCAUACAACAAUACACACUUGUACCGUCCCACAUGCGCGAGCCGUAUCUUGUGUAUUUGUUGAACAAUCCACCAUGCGAAAACAAGGUCAAAGUCCAUGCUGAGUUGUCAGAUGUGUAUCGAACUCAUAAGGCACCGAAAAUAAAGGGCGGCGAAGAGCCUUCAUUUCCUCUUACUAUCAUAUUUGUAUCUCGAUGCAAAAAUGCUGAGCUACUAUCGCGUAUGCUUACAGAGUUGGGCAUACCAAAUGUCUCCUUACAUUCAAUGCUUCCUCAGUUCACACGUUUGCACAAUCUACAAAUGUUUCGCGCGCGCCGCGUUCCGAUUUUGAUAUCGACCGAUGUCGGCAGCCGUGGAUUGGAUGUACCUGAUGUGGAACUCGUCGUAAAUUGGGAUGUACCGGCCGCGUGGGAAGACUAUAUUCAUCGUGUGGGUAGAACAGCACGAAAAGGUCGACGUGGCUGGGCCGUCAGUUUCGUCACUGAGCAUGAUGUCGAAUUGAUCCAAGCCAUCGAGGCUAAAAUCCACAAGAGACUAGAUGAACUCGAAUUGCCUGAAGCACAAGUGCUUGAUCGUCUCUCACAUAUUUCAGCUGCUAAGCGUGUGGCAUCGAUGGAACUGCAUGACGAGAAGUUUGGCGAACAGCGCGAGCGAAAUAAGCGUAAGGCCAAAAUUGCACAGGGAGGUAAGCGUUCGAAACACAAAUUAAGCGCUUCCUCAACCAAUGAACCAUGA